AUGGUUACAUUAUCCGGGUUAAAAGCAAAACUUAUUUCAUGUAUUACGUUCCCUGAUGGUACCGAAGAGAAUAACAUCGCUAUAAAUUGUGUUUUAGGUGGAGGAAAGAAGCGAACCACCAUGCAUUUACUUGUAGACGAAGAUUUAUUGAGGUCCAAUAGUUUCAUAAUUGACCUAAUUAUCGAUGUUGAUACAUCGCAACAACCGUUUAGUUCUUGGACAUUUGCAAGAAUUCAAGUUAUAUUCUGUUUGAAAGCGGAUAGCUUUGAUGACUACCUCAAUUCGAUGGGGGAAAUCGCUAACGAAGCUACUCAUUGCACGUUAUUUCACAAAUUAUCUAUGACGUCGUAUAUAUACGAAAUAUCUGGGUGUCACGGGAAAGGGCCUGUUGAUUGGGCAAUAAAAGUAGGUGACACAAUAAUCAUGGUCACAGAAGCAAAACGUGAUGACAUAAACCAGGGCAUUGCACAAAAUGCUAUUCAACUUAUGUCAUACAACAACAAACGGAAGUAUGACGAGGCCAUCUAUGAAGAAGUAAUGUAUGGGAUCGUAUCAACGGGCGAAAGUUUUAGCGAUCAAAUUUUCCCUACUGAUGAAACAUUAUUAUUUGUUUGUGCAGUUUUUGGAGAGAAUCGAUCAUUUCCUUCGGAAACUGUACUUGUAAUAAUUAGUUUAUUUGCUAAUCGAAUUUGA